CCUUUUCCCUCCUCGCAGAGUGAAAGAUGCUGACUGCCAGUAGUGGAACAGCUCCUCUGAGGAACAUAUCCCUGUAAAACCUUCCCUAAAAAUCACCCGGAGGCAAAUAUUCCGCCUGUGAUGGACCCUCGGAAUACUGCUAUGUUAGGCUUGGCUUCUGAUUCUGAAGGGUUUUCUGGGAAAAGCCCCUCUGUGGCAAACCUUGGCACGUUGGUGGGCAAGGGAGAAGCGGAGCCCGAAGGUUGCAGCAAGGACGAGGAGGACGGGAAGAAGAAGAGCCGGGAGGGGCCCAGCGGCGACAAUGGGAAGAGCGAGGCCCUGAGCGAGGCCCAGCAGCAGUUCUCCGUCAAGGAAACCAACUUCUCCGAGGGGAACCUGAAGCUGAAGAUCGGCCUUCAAGCCAAGAGGACCAAAAAGCCUCCCAAGAACCUCGAGAAUUAUGUCUGCAGGCCUGCCAUAAAAACCAGCAUCAAGCAGCCAAGGAGGGCUCCCAAGAGCGGGAAGAUGACGGAUGAGAAGAGCGAGCACUGUCCUCCCAAACAAGACCCUUCAAAGUCCUACAAGAAAGCUGGAGAAGUGGCACCAGUUGAGUUACACGCAGAAGAAGGUGUCCAAGUAGAAACAACCCCUUUGUCCAAGAAAGUUUCCCCGUUGCACUCGGAAAUGACGGAUUACAUGAAGUCAUCUCCUCCCACCCUGAUCAGCAGCCAUAAUUCCGAUUUAAAGGAUAGAACAGAGAUCAACGGAGCAACAACUGUCACAGAGAAACUGGCUCAACUCAUUGCAACUUGUCCUCCCUCCAAGUCUUCCAAAACAAAGCAGAAGAAGCCCGGGAACGGAAGCGCGUCCGGUUUGGUGAAAGACUCUGGGAAGAAGCUGCCAGGACCCAUCAAUCCGAGUGGGAUGGUUAAUAAAGAUUUGGUGAAGAAGCUGCCGGGCUCUGGGAUUGCCGUGGGGCUGGUGAACAAGGACUCAGGGAAGAAGCCAUUGGGGAUUGGCAGCACAGCCAUACUGGUGAACAAAGACUCUGGGAAGAAGCCCCAAGGGAUCGGCCCCUUGAUUGGAUUGGUGAGCAAGGACUCUGGGAAGAGGCCCCCAGGGAUCAGCACUCCCCCCGGGAUGGUCCACAAGGACUCUGGGAAGAAGCAGCCAGUGACCAGCUCUGCAGUUGGGUUGAUCAGCAAAGAUGUGGGGAGGAAACUUCCAGGGCUCAGCACUCCAGCUGGAUUGACUGCCAAGGAGCCUCUCAAGAAACCAGUAGGGAUCAGCACUCCAGCAGGAUUGGUGAACAAGGAUGCUGGGAAGAAGCUGUUGGGGGUAAAUAGUCCUGCAGGUCUGCUCAGCAAGGAUUCUGGGAGAAAGAUGCCGGGGACCGGGAAUACGACGGUUCUGAGUAACAAAGACUCUGGAAGGAAGACGCCGGGGAUUGGGAGCCCGGUGGGACCAGUCAACAAGGACUCUGGGAGGAAGAUGCCAGGAAUUAGCAGUCCAGUGGGAUUGGUUAGCAAGGAGUGUGGGAAGAAGCCGGCAGGGAUUGGCAGCCCGGCUGGUUUGGCCAACAAGGACUCUGGGACGCUGAAGGCGGAUUCCCUCACACCCACCUCGGAGCCCUUUAAGCUUCCUUGCAAUUCCAACCUCAGCAGCCUGGAAAGCCACGAGCCUGGGGAUUUACUGAAGGAAAAUCCUGCCAGCAAACCCUUCGAGAAGCACGUUGUGAGGCAGAACAAGGAGAGCAUCCUGGAGAAGUUUUCCAUUCGGAAGGAGAUCGCCGAGGUGGGCAAGGAGAUGUUCAACGAGGGGAUGUGUGUUCCCCAGGAUUCCUACUCCUCCAGCGAGAAGGGGGUUUAUGAAGCAUCCAAGCACGAGAAGCAGCCCCCGGUGUAUUGCACUUCACCAGACUUCAGGACAGGAGGUGCCUCGGAGGUGUCGACAGCCAAGUCCCCGUUCAGUGCAGUGGGAGAGGGGAAUCUCCCCUCCCCUUCCCCCACCGUGUCUGUCCCCACCCUGAGCAGGAGCCUCUCAGCAUCCUCCUCCCAGCUGCCAUCCAACUCAUUGCACUUAAGCUCCACGGCAGAGCUCCUGGAAGGCAUCUCUGACCCCGUGGGCAAGACUCCCUUUUCCUCUGACAGCAUCCUGGGGCUGAGCAGGACCCUGAACCACCCCCUGGGCGCCGAUUUUAAAGGUGCUGACAAAGAUUUGAGCGAUUCGAAGGCUUCUUACGUGGAGACUUCCAGAACCAGCCCUUCCACGGGGAAAAAGCCCAUUUUGGCAGCUGAAACGAGCAUCCACGCCACUGUCACCCCUUCAGUGGUCAGUUUUACCAGCUUGUUCAGCAGCAAGCAGUUCCUGAAGAUCGGGGCAAUCGCUGCAUCCGAUAAAUCCUGCCAAGGAGCCAAGAACCUGAGCAGCACUCAGCAGUCGAAGCCUCUGAAGAAAAGAAAAGGAAGGAAGCCCCGAUGGACUAAAGUGGUGUCGAGGAACACGUGUCGACCUCCGAAGGGUCUGGAGCUGGAAAGGUCAGAGCUUUUUAAAAACAUUUCCUACAGUGCACUAUCCAGCAGCAAUUUGGAGCAGGCCAAGUUCCUGAAAAACAUCGGCUCGUCCUCCUUUGUGGAGCACGAGUUCGUCAAGCACCAGUUGCCGAAGCUGAACGAAGCCAAUGGCCAGUCCCUGGCUCUGCUGGCUGAGACUGACAAACCAACCCAGAAGUUCUACAGCGCCCACAAACAACCCUCCAGCUUGUGCAUGGCGGAUGAUUUCUUGCCUGACAUGUACAAACCCAAAAGAGGAAGAUCUAAACCCAAGGAGAUGCCAGAGCUCGAAGGUCCCCCCAAAAGGACUCUGAAGAUUCCGGCGUCAAAAGUCUUCUCAGUGCAGUCAAAAGAAGAGCAAGAGCCUCCCAUUUUGCAACCUGAGGUUGAAAUUCCCUCCCUGAAGCAGAGCUUAUCGGGACAACCUUUUCCUAAAAAGAGAGGGAGACCUAAAAGACAGAUCAGGUCAUCAAUUAAAACGAAACCACCUAUUCUGUCCGUGGCACCUUUUGUUGGAACAGAGAACUCGAGCAAGAUGGGGCCUGAAAGUGAGCAGCAUCGACCUGGGGAGUUCUUUGAGAGGAAGGACCAGCUCCCAGGGCCUGAAGAGGUCCAAAGCCCCAGUAUUUGCAGCAUGAGCGAUUUGGAAGUAGACUCAGACAGAAAAGUUGCCAAGAGAAAUAACGGACAGUUAAUGAAAACAAUUAUUCGAAAAAUAAAUAAAAUGAAAACUCUGAAGCGGAAGAAACUCCUGAAUCAGAUCCUGUCCAGUACAGUGGAACCAAAUACCAAAGGGAAGAUGCAAUCCAAGCUCCACAACACGGUGUCGACUCUCGCCGCCACGUUCGGUUCGAAGCUGGGCCAGCAGAUCAACGUCAGCAAGAAAGGAACGAUUUACAUAGGAAAGAGGAGAGGGAGGAAGCCCAAAGCCGUCCUGAACGGCCUCUUAGCCAGCAGCGCCGCCAGCCUGACCGUGCUGGAGAAGUCUGCCCAGCAAGCUCCCGGUACGUCCCUGGGCCAGGUCCUGCCCCACCUGCUGCCUCCGGCGGGGAACCCCUCGGAGGUGCUCCCGUCUCCGGUUUGCUCCCAGUCGUCGGCCGUGAGCGGGGGGCAGAGCCCGGUGAGCAGCGACGCGGGGUUCAUCGAGCCCAGCCCCGUGCCCUACCUGCACCUGCACUCGCGCCAGGGCGGCGUGGUGCAGACCCUGGCCAUGAAGAAGGCGGCCAAGGGCAGGAGGAGGCUGUCGCCGCCCACGCUGCUGCCCAACUCGCCCUCCCACCUGAGCGAGCUGACCUCGCUCAAAGAGGCCACCCCGUCCCCCGUGAGCGAGUCCCACAGCGACGAGACCAUCCCCAGCGACAGCGGCAUCGGCACGGACAACAACAGCACCUCGGACCGGGCGGAGAAGUUCUGCGGGCAGAAGAAGAAGAGGCACUCCUUCGACCACGUGUCCCUGCUCCCGCCCGAGACCUCCACCGUGCUCAGCAACCUGAAGGAGAAGCACAAGCACAAGUGCAAGCGCCGCAGCCACGAUUACCUCAGCUACGACAAGAUGAAGAGGCAGAAGAGGAAAAGGAAAAAGAAGUACCCUCAGCUCCGGGGGAGGCAGGACCCCGAUUUCCUCGCCGAGCUGGAGGAGUUAAUAAGCCGGUUGAGUGAAAUUCGAAUAACCCACCGGAGUCACCAUUUUAUACCCCGGGAUUUGCUGCCCACCAUUUUUAGAAUAAACUUCAACAGUUUCUACACCCACCCUACUUUUCCUUUAGAUCCUUUGCACUACAUUAGGAAACCUGAUUUAAAGAAAAAGAGAGGCAGGCCUCCAAAAAUGCGGGAAGCUAUGGCAGAAAUGCCCUUCAUGCAUAGCCUCAGCUUUCCCCUCUCCAGCACCGGGUUCUACCCCUCCUAUGGCAUGCCUUACUCCCCGUCCCCCCUGGCAGCUGCUCCCAUAGGAUUAGGUUAUUAUGGAAGGUACCCUCCGACUCUUUACCCUCCUCCACCCUCUCCUUCUUUCACCACCCCCCUGCCACCGCCUUCCUACAUGCAUACAGGCCACUUGCUUCUCAACCCCACCAAAUACCACAAGAAGAAGCAUAAACUCUUACGCCAGGAAGCUUUCCUCACCACGAGCAGGACCCCCCUGCUGUCCAUGAGCACCUACCCCAGCGUCCCCCCCGAGAUGGCCUACGGCUGGAUGCUGGAGCACAAGCACAGGCACCGCCACAAGCACCGGGAGCACCGUUCCUCGGAGCAGCCGCAGGUUUCCAUGGACACUAUCGCGGCCAACAGCUCCUCCAGAACGGUCCUGGAGUCCUUGAAGCGCUACAGGUUUGGGAAGGAGGCCGUGGGAGAGAGGUACAAACACAAAGAGAAGCACAGGUGCCACAUGUCGUGCCCGCACCUGUCUCCUUCCAAGGGUUUGCUGAGCAGAGACGAGCAGUGGGUCAGGAGGGAGCCUUCGGAGUCGAAUUCCCUGGCACUGGGCCUGCAGACCCCGCUGCAGAUCGACUGCUCCGAGAGCUCCCCGGCCCUGUCCCUGGGGGGGUUCACCCCCGGCUCGGAGCCCGGCGGCACCGAGGAGCACACGAACCUUUUCACAAGUGCAAUAGGCAGCUGCCGAGCGCCCGGCCCCGCCGGCGCCGCCGCCGCGCGCAAGAAGCUGCCCGAGAGCCCCGGGCUGUUCAGCGCCCAGGACGCGCCGCUGCCCCGGCCCCUGCGCAAGGAACCCUCCCUGGAGAAGGCCCUGCAGCCCCUCGCAGGCACUUUGCCAGCCCAGGACAAACCCUCGCAGAGGCCGUCGGAGAGCACAAGCUGCAGCCCUUCCAGGAAGAGAUCCACGUCGGAGAGCACGUCUUCUCCAGGGAUGUCGGUGCCAGCCCGGAGCGCCCGCGUUGCCGAGGACUCGGUGGACUCUCUGCUCCAGCGCAUGGCACAGGAGGGCCCGCCCGUGCUGGACAAGACCCUGGAAGCCGUGAUGGCCAACGUGCCCCCCUCAGCCAGCCCCGCUCGGAACCACUCCAGGGAGAGAGCUCUGGGCAAGCAGGACAACCUGGUGGCUCCGGCCAUUCCCAGCAGCUCCUGCAGCGACAGCAUCUCCCUCCUGUCGGAGCGGCUGCCCGGCAGCUACUCCCCCAGGCACCUCAAGAGGAGCGUGGUGGAGGCCAUGCAGCGCCAAGCGAGGAAAAUGUGCAAUUACAACAAGAUCCUGGCCACAAAAAAAAAUCUGGACCACGUCAAUAAGAUCCUGAAGGCCAAAAAGCUGCAGAGGCAGUCGCGGACCGGGAACAACUUCGUGAAGCGGCGGCCGGGGCGGCCGAGGAAGUACCCGCUGCAGGCCGUGGUGUCCAUGCAGGCCUUCCAGGCCCACAGGCUGGUCAGCCAGGAGCUGGAGAACAGGGAGCCCAGCAGCAGCCCCCUGCACCUGGGCCCUGACACCAUCACGGACGUCAUCGAGGCCGUGGUGCAGAGCGUGAACCUGAACCCCGAGCACCGCAAGGGCUGGAAGAGGAAGAGGUGGCUGCCGGAGGAACAGGCCAGGAAGAGGCACAAGUCUUUGCCUGAGGAUGAACAGGAGAGCAAUAAGAGUUUUUCUGAGCCAGUAGCUGAAGCUCCCAGUCCACACGAUGCCCUUGGGAAACCACCUGAGCCUGAGAACCCUGAGCAGCCUUUGCCUGCUCUGCCCCAGCGGGAGAAGAAAGCCCCUCGACCCCCAAAGAAGAAGUACCAGAAGGCAGGGCUCUACUCUGACGUGUACAAAACAACAGACCCCAAGAGCCGCCUGAUCCAGCUGAAGAAGGAGAAGCUGGAAUACACCCCUGGAGAGCACGAGCACGGGCUGUUCCCUGCCCCCAUCCACGUCGGAAAGUACCUCAGACAAAAGAGAAUUGACUUCCAGCUGCCUUACGACAUCCUCUGGCAGUGGAAACACAACCAGUUGUAUAAAAAGCCAGAUGUCCCACUUUACAAAAAAAUCCGUUCUAAUGUCUACGUGGAUGUCAAACCCCUCUCUGGCUAUGAGGCCACCACCUGCAACUGUAAGAAACCAGAGGAUGACAGUGGGAAGGGCUGUGUGGAGGAUUGUCUGAACAGGAUGAUCUUUGCAGAGUGUUCCCCCAACACGUGCCCCUGUGGGGAGCAGUGCUGCAACCAGCGGAUCCAGAGGCACGAGUGGGUGCAGUGCCUGGAGAGGUUCCGGGCCGAGGAGAAAGGAUGGGGUAUUCGUACCAAAGAGCCCCUGAAAGCAGGACAGUUUAUCAUUGAAUAUCUGGGAGAAGUUGUUAGUGAGCAAGAAUUCAGGAACCGGAUGAUCGAGCAGUACCACAACCACAGUGACCACUACUGCCUGAACCUGGACAGCGGGAUGGUCAUCGACAGCUACCGCAUGGGCAACGAGGCUCGGUUCAUCAACCACAGCUGCAACCCCAACUGCGAGAUGCAGAAAUGGUCCGUGAACGGCGUUUAUCGGAUCGGGCUCUAUGCACUCAAGGACAUGCCUGCUGGGACUGAGCUGACCUACGACUACAACUUCCAUUCCUUUAACGUUGAAAAGCAGCAACUCUGCAAAUGUGGCUUUGACAAAUGCAGAGGGAUAAUUGGGGGGAAAAGUCAACGCAUGAAUGGACUUUCAAGCAAGAGCAACCAGCCUGUGAGCACCCACAGAAGGCCUGGACGGUCGAAAGAGAAGAGGAAGUCAAAGCACAAAUUAAAGAAGAGGAGGGGCCACAUCCCUGAGGAGCCCAGUGAAAGUGUGAAUGCCCCGACCAGGCUGACCCCUCAGCUGCAGAUGAAGCCCAUGUCCAACAGGGAGAGGAAUUUUGUGCUGAAACACCACGUAUUUCUGGUACGAAACUGGGAGAAGAUCCGACAGAAGCAGGAGGAGGUGAAGCACGUCAGUGACAACAUCCACAGCACGUCCCUGUACACCCGCUGGAACGGGAUCUGCCGGGAUGACGGGAACAUCAAAUCAGACGUGUUCAUGACCCAGUUCUCAGCCCUGCAGACGGCGCGCUCGGUGCGCACGCGGCGCUUGGCGGCGGCCGAGGAGAACAUCGAGGUGGCUCGUGCCGCCCGCCUGGCACAGAUCUUCAAGGAAAUAUGUGACAGCAUCAUAUCCUACAAAGAUUCCUCCAGGCAGGCGCUCGCAGCUCCUCUCCUGAACCUGCCCCCAAAGAAAAAAAAUGCAGACUAUUACGAGAAGAUCUCUGACCCCUUGGACCUCGCCACCAUUGAGAAGCAGAUCCUGACUGGCUACUACAAAACCGUGGAAGCUUUUGAUGGGGACAUGCUGAAGGUGUUCAGGAAUGCAGAGGUCAGGCAGAGAGAAGCUUGGGGCUUCCACUGCAUCUGUGGCCUCUACAAGGAUGAGGGGCUCAUGAUCCAGUGUGAAAAGGGCCAGGUCUGGCAACACUGUGACUGCAUGGGGGUGAACUCAGAUGUGGAGCACUACCUGUGUGAGCAGUGUGAGCCUCGGGCUGUGAGCAGGGAGGUCCCCAUGAUCCCUCGGCCCCACUAUGCCCAGCCUGGCUGUGUUUAUUACAUCUGCCUGUUGAGGGACGACCUGCUGCUCCGCCAAGGUGACUGCGUGUACCUGAUGAGAGACAGCCGCAGGACCCCCGACGGGCACCCCGUGCGUCAGUCGUACCGGCUGCUGUCCCACAUCAACCGCGACAAGCUCGACAUCUUCCGCAUCGAGAAGCUCUGGAAGAACGAGAAGGAGGAGCGUUUUGCCUUUGGCCACCACUAUUUCCGUCCACACGAAACCCACCACUCCCCGUCCCGCAAGUUCUACCACAACGAGCUCUUCCGGGUCCCUCUCUACGAAAUCAUCCCCUUGGAGGCCGUGGUGGGCACGUGCUGUGUGCUGGACCUGUACACCUACUGCAAAGGGAGGCCCAAGGGGGUGAAGGAGCAGGAUGUGUACAUCUGUGACUACCGCCUGGACAAGUCAGCUCACCUCUUCUACAAGAUCCACCGGAACCGCUACCCCGUGUGCACCAAGCCCUACGCCUUCGACCACUUCCCCAAGAAACUCACUCCCAAGAGAGACUUCUCACCUCAUUAUGUGCCAGACAACUACAAGAGAAACGGAGGCCGGUCAUCCUGGAAAUCAGAUCGCUCAAAACCACAGAUCAAAGACUUAAACCAAGAGGAGGAGGCUCUGCCCCUGAUGGAGGAGGUGCUGGGAGCCCCAGAGCAGGUGCCAGGGGAGCUGCACGGCCCCGAGGAGCCCGACAAGGAGCCGGUGCCCAGCGAGGGCUGCGAGGCAGAGAAGAAGGGGGAGGAGGCCCCCUCGGACACGAGGCAGCUCUGCAACCCCGAGGAGAGGAGGCACCUCCAGAGGGAGAGGCUGAACCAGAUCCUGCUCAACCUCCUAGAGAAAAUCCCAGGGAAAAACGCCAUCGACGUCACGUACUUGCUGGAGGAGGGAUCGGGCAGGAAACUGCGGCGCCGCACCCUGAGCAUCCCCGAGAGCAGCUUCAGGAAGUGACAGCGGGGGCUCCCCAGCUCUGGGGGCUGUGACUUGGGGGGGCUGCCGAGCCCCGGGGGCCGCGGCCCGACCUCCUCCGUGCCGGCCCAGGGGGAGGAGGCGGCAGCGAACUGACAGAACUACAAACAGUAGCACUUAAAGGGGCCGGGGCGUCGCCCUGCCCUGCUCUGCAGUGCUCUUGGUGUGUGUGUUGGUGGGCGUGCCUUGUAUUGAUGUUAGGUACUGAGGAAACCUCGUGGUUAAUAUUGUCCAGGAUGGUCAAAUUUAAUUUAUUUUUUGCUUGAUAUUCCCACUCAGAGGAAAAAAACAAAAAAAAAAAAUAAAAAAAAAGAGAUUUAAAAAAAAAA